GCUGAGCCACUGCGCUGCUUCCCGGAGGUCCCAUCCCCGCCGGCCGUGUGCUCGCCGCCCCCGCUCGGCCCUCGUCUCCAGUGGAUGAACCUGUGUCCCCGCGCGUCCCCGCCAUGGCCUUCCGCGCCGCGCCGCUAGCCCCCCGGAGCCCGAGGCGUCCCGGACUGCAGAUGCCCGCGCGCAGCGUAUAGCAGUGACCGGCCCGGUGUCUGCCGCAGUUUACAGUAUUUAAUUUUAUAUAAUAUAUAUUAUUUAUUAGAGCGUCUGUGAUACCUCAUACUCAUUCUGUUUACACGCCUGAAAGCCGCGCAGUAGUUCUUGUUAAGGCCGCUGCUCUGGGGAUGGCGUCCACCGCGGCCACGCUGAUGGCCAGCACCAUGGCCACGCUGAUGGCCAGCACCGUGGCCACGGCCACCGGCCCGCUAGUGGAGUACCUGUGGAUGCUGAUCCUGGGCUUCGUCAUCGCCUUCGUGCUGGCCUUCUCCGUGGGCGCCAAUGACGUAGCGAAUUCGUUCGGCACGGCUGUGGGCUCCGGAGUGGUGACCCUGAAGCAGGCCUGCAUCCUAGCUAGCAUCUUUGAGACGGUGGGCUCCGUCCUGCUGGGGGCCAAAGUGAGUGAGACCAUCAGGAAGGGCCUGAUCGACGUGGAGAUGUACAACUCGACCCAGCAUCUGCUGAUGGCCGGCUCGGUCAGUGCCAUGUUUGGUUCCGCUGUGUGGCAACUAGUGGCUUCGUUUUUGAAGCUUCCCAUUUCUGGAACCCAUUGUAUUGUUGGUGCGACCAUUGGUUUCUCCCUUGUGGCACAAGGGCAGGAAGGUGUCAAGUGGUCUGAACUGGUAAAAGUUGUGAUGUCUUGGUUUGUUUCUCCGCUGCUUUCUGGUAUCAUGUCUGGAAUUUUAUUCUUCCUUGUUCGGACAUUCAUCCUCCGUAAGGCAGAUCCAGUUCCUAAUGGUUUGCGAGCUUUGCCAGUUUUCUAUGCUUGCACGAUUGGAAUAAACCUGUUUUCCAUCAUGUAUACUGGAGCACCUUUGCUGGGCUUUGACAAACUUCCUCUGUGGGGCACCAUCCUCAUCUCGGUGGGUUGUGCAGUUCUCUGUGCCCUUAUCGUCUGGUUCUUUGUAUGUCCCAGGAUGAAGAGGAAAAUUGACCGAGAAAUAAAGUCUAGUCCUUCGGAAAGCCCCUUAAUGGAAAAAAAGAAUAGCUUGAAAGAAGACCAUGAAGAAGCAAAGUUGUCUCUCGGUGACAUUGAAAUCAGGGGUCCCAUUUCUGAGGUGGGGCCUGCCACCGCGCCCCUGAGGGCUGUGGUGGAAGAGAGGACUGUCUCCUUCAAGCUGGGAGACCUGGAGGAAGCACCUGAGCGAGAGCGCCUUCCCAGUGUGGACUUGAAAGAGGAAACCAGCCUGGAUGGUGCCAUGAACGGUGCAGUGCAGCUGCCUAACGGGAACCUUGUUCAGUUCAGCCAGGCCGUCAGUAACCAGAUCAACUCCAGUGGCCACUACCAGUAUCACACCGUGCACAAAGACUCCGGCUUGUACAAAGAGCUGCUGCACAAGCUGCAUCUUGCCAAGGUGGGCGACUGCAUGGGCGACUCUGGUGACAAACCCCUUAGGCGCAACAAUAGCUACACUUCCUAUACCAUGGCAAUCUGUGGCAUGCCUCUGGAUUCAUUCCGUGCCAAAGAAGGUGAGCAGAAAGGUGAGGAGAUGGAGAAGCUGACGUGGCCGAAUGCGGACAGCAAGAAGCGAAUUCGAAUGGACAGUUACACCAGCUACUGCAAUGCUGUGUCUGACAUUCACUCGGCCUCCGAGAUGGACAUGAGCGUCAAGGCAGAGAUGGGUCUGGGUGACAGAAAAGGAAGUAGUAGCUCUCUAGAAGAAUGGAAUGACCAGGAUAAGCCAGAAGUGUCUCUCCUCUUCCAGUUCCUGCAGAUCCUCACGGCCUGCUUUGGCUCAUUUGCCCAUGGUGGCAACGAUGUCAGCAACGCCAUUGGCCCUCUGGUUGCCCUGUAUCUGGUUUAUGAAACAGGAGAUGUGUCUUCAAAAGUAGCAACCCCAUUAUGGCUUCUGCUGUACGGUGGUGUUGGGAUCUGUAUUGGUCUGUGGGUCUGGGGAAGGAGAGUCAUCCAGACCAUGGGCAAAGAUCUGACGCCCAUCACACCCUCCAGUGGCUUCAGUAUUGAACUGGCAUCUGCCCUCACUGUGGUAAUUGCAUCCAACAUUGGCCUUCCCAUCAGUACAACGCAUUGUAAAGUGGGCUCUGUUGUGUCCGUUGGCUGGCUCCGAUCUAAAAAGGCUGUUGACUGGCGACUUUUUCGCAACAUUUUCAUGGCCUGGUUUGUCACAGUCCCCAUUUCUGGCGUAAUCAGCGCAGCUAUCAUGGCGUUCUUCAAAUAUGUCAUCCUCUGAGCAGGAAGCUAUUUGAGAUGAGAAUCAUGCCAGUAUUUGGGCCACCGUAGCAUCCCUGCUCCUCUGAAUGAUUACAGUGUUACAGAAGACCCAGGACAAUCUUAAAGUUUGGGAGCUGUGGGAGGAAGUAUUACUUGUGCUACAAUUGCUUUUGUGCUAAAUAUGACUUGUCUCAAAAUUAGCUAUUUAAAUAGCCAGGUUUCCACUGGUUCCUAUUGGCUGUGACUUCAUGUACAUAUUUAUCUACUUUUUGUACCCGGCUUCAAUUCCAUUAUGUUUUAAUGUCUCUGAAGAUAACUUGUGAUUUUUUUUUUUUUUUUUAAACACCAUUCAGAGCCAUUUGACAGAGUGUGCUCUGCUUGGUGAUAUCACCAGCUUCUGCCUGAACACGCACAGGGACUUAACAAAAACGUAUCUGAAGCUUCCCUUAUAGUCUCUUAGACAAAUAGUCAUUUGCACUCUGCCCUCCUGUUGGCACUGGCAGGUUCUGCUGGCAUUUGUGGGGACUUGUGAAGGGAAGAGGUUCUUGGGCACAGUGAGAGUUUAAAUUAGUAACUUCUCUGCAAGCAAUUGGCUGACUUACUGCUCUGAAGAAGUAGGAAGAAAUGCCUCUCUCUGGCAGUCGUUUCAUUAAGAUUUCUGACAGUGUGGGAUGGAUGAAUGAAGUGGAGUGUGAGCUAUGGGCAAGUUAGAUGGGACAGCCUUCCAUGUUCAUCUGUCUACCUCUUAACUGAAUAAAAAAGCCUACAGUUUUUAGAAAA